AUGCUCGCUAGGACUUUGAGAAACAUCGCCAGGGCUCAACCUGCUACUUUGAGCGUGGCUCGCCGGUCUGCUCGUGGCUACUCGUCGGUACAUGCUGUUCACAGAAAUACUCCUGAAAAUAACCCUUCAAUUCCAUUUGAGUUCACUGCUGAGAACCUGGCUAGAGCUCAAGAAGUCAUUUCAAAAUAUCCUCCUCAAUACAAAAAGUCGGCUGUCAUGCCAUUACUAGAUAUCGGCCAGCGUCAACUUGGAUUCACUUCUAUUAGUGUCAUGAACUAUGUCGCUAAGUUGCUCGAUAUGCCCCCCAUGCGAGUCUAUGAAGUCGCUACUUUCUACACAAUGUACAACAAGUCGCCAAUGGGCAAGUACCACUUGCAAGUGUGUACUACUACUCCCUGUCAACUUUGUAAUUCGGAUUCUAUUAUGGAGGCUAUUACUAGUCAUCUCAAUAUCAAGCCUGGUCAAACUACUAAGGAUGGUUUGUUCACUAUAUCGGAGGUUGAAUGUUUAGGUGCCUGUGUCAAUGCUCCUAUGAUCGCUAUCAAUGAUGACUAUUUCGAAGAUCUCACUGCCAAGGGUAUUACUGAGGUUCUUACUAAAUUACAAAAGGGCGAGAAGGUCACUCCUGGUCCUGAGUACUCGAAGCGAAAAGACUGUGAACCUUUCAGUGGACCCAAGGUUCUUCUUAACAAGGAGCCUUUUAAUGUGGCUGAUAUCACCCGCGCUGAUCUAUAG